AUGGAGCAAAUACCAAUAACAACACAGCUGCCACCUAUAAAACCGGAACAUGAGGUGUCACUGGACGCCGGAGAAGCUGCAGCAAAUCAUCCGGCCAGUAGCUCGCCCAACAACGGCGAGUUAAGGGACGUGUUCGACAGAAUAAAGACGCACUUCCCACCCGCCAAGGUGAAGAAGAUAAUGCAAACGGACGAAGAUAUAGGCAAGGUGUCGCAAGCCACACCAGUAAUAGCGGGUAGGUCGCUAGAGUUCUUCAUAGCGCUGUUGGUGAAAAAAAGCGGGGACAUGGCAAGAGAUCAAGGAACCAAGAGAAUAACCGCCGACAUAUUGAAGAAGACGAUACUAAACGACGAAAAGUUCGAUUUUCUAAGAGAGGGGGUGUGUGCGGAAGAAAGCCAAGCACAGGAGGAAGAAGAGAGCGCAUAA